AUGUUACAGUCGUUUACACAAUUAUUAUUUCAACGUAACAUAACCAUGGCUUUUCAUUCACGUAAACUUAUCUCAUUAAUACACAAUACACAAAUUUCUGCUCGACCGUUUGAUGAAAUUCUCUAUUCAUAUGAUUCAUCAUCAUCAUCAACAACAAACUAUGAUCAUUCAUGUUUAAAUCCGACUUUAAAAAAAGAUUCAGUUACUUGA